GCUAUGUUUACAACAGUACUGCAUUCCAUGUGAUGCCAUGACGUAGACCUCAGUCGCUCUCUGCCAAAUUGCAGGGGGGGUUCCAUCAUGGCGUCGAUGCAGAAGAGGCUACAGAAGGAACUAUUAGCUUUGCAAAAUGACCCACCUCCUGGAAUGACACUGAAUGAGAAGAGUGUACAGAAUACAAUUACACAAUGGAUUGUAGACAUGGAGGGAGCCCCUGGAACACUGUAUGAAGGCGAAAAAUUUCAGCUACUCUUCAAAUUCAGUGGUAGAUAUCCAUUUGAUUCACCUCAGGUAAUGUUCACUGGUGAGAAUAUACCUGUCCAUCCUCAUGUUUAUAGCAAUGGUCACAUCUGUUUAUCCAUAUUAACAGAAGACUGGUCCCCAGCGCUUUCAGUGCAAUCUGUCUGUCUUAGCAUUAUCAGCAUGCUGUCCAGCUGCAAAGAAAAGAGACGGCCUCCUGAUAAUUCGUUUUAUGUAAGAACAUGUAAUAAGAAUCCAAAGAAAACUAAAUGGUGGUAUCAUGAUGAUACUUGCUAAUGUUUGAUUUUGUAAUACUCCUAAAUGUUCUACUGAGUACAUAAGCACUUUUUAAAUGAUUCAGUCUUUGAACUUUAAACCUUUGACUGGAACAAUGGACACCGUACGCUGGAGGCUUCCUUGACUGCAUCAGUGUUGGCAGUUGGAUACAUAUUUUAGCUGGUUGUACAAAACGAAAGGAACCUAAUGCACCCAGCAUGCAUUUUGUUGGCAUAAAGGUGUUAUGCAGCAAGCAGGGAGAUUUUUGUAGUGAGGUUAUUCCUAUUUAUUUUGUUUUAUUUUUUUAUUGAAAGGUUUAAAGGUCCUCAUGUAUUGUGCAAUAAAUACGAUUGAUGCAUGCUUGGGCCUACAAAGACAUGUAAUAUCCAAAUCCAAUGGGAUCCUUAGGCAUCUUAGCCCCAUCUUGUUUUAACUGAAUAUGCACUGUGAAAAUAACGGUUGUGGCACAACUUGGUGUUAUAUUUUGACCUUAUUAAUAUUGAACUGCUCACCUACACUUUAUAUUCAGGUUUUUCUUUCUUUCAAUAUUUUUCUUCUUGAAUGAUUCAUGAAUAUAGUUGCCCUUCAGUCUAAUUUUUUACAGGUGUUGACCAGAUAAGACUGAUUGGUUACAUAGGUCGUAUUGUUCGAAAGCAUGGGCACACAAGAUAAAAACCAAGUUGCUUUCUUAAGUGAAUGUUCUAGUCUCCUGACACAAGUUGAACUGAUUAAAUGCUACUCACUUUCCUAUGUUGAUGGAUAGGGUAAGAGAUGUUCACCUUGCAUUUUAUGAAUGUGUAAAAAAUAAUUGUGUGCUGUUUGUUUUUAUUAGUUUGAUACCUUUUUAAUCUUGUAAUGUCAUUUCUUUUCUUUUUUUGCUUGCAUACAUUCAAGAAAUGUUUUGAAUACUUUACCUUUUUGGGGAGGUCGUAUUGAACAUAAAUGUACUAAUUUAUUCUCCAGAGUUUUAGUUACCAUCAACACUUGUAAUGUCUAUGAACAGUUUUGAAAGAUAGGUUUAUAAAAAUGAGUGAGCUUGCACAUCUGGUUCUAUUUAUUGGCUCAGGUACUUUGUCAGUAACAAAUGUCCUAUGAGAAUUCUCACAGAUAUUUUGCAUCUAGCAACAUGUUUAACAAAAAGAGUUGCAUUGACAAAUAUUUGUUUGAAGAAUAUUGCACAUUACUCUUUCAAUUAUUGAAUGAUCCAUAAAAGCCUAACAUUGCAAUAGGUGCAAGGAAAAAGCAUUGUCCUCCAAUUGUAUUUACCUGCUAUAGACCUGUAUAUGGCAGAUUCCCUGAUUUAUUUGUACACUACAAAGGGUCAAUUGAAGUUUGAGCAGGUCAGGGGAAGGGGAGCCACGUCUUAAUUCUAGGUGCUUUUUCAGUCUUACACUUUGCCUCUGCACUGUUUUGCUAAUCGGCACCUGUGUAGUCAUUAACGUAUGAUCAUCAAAGUGAAAGGAUUGAGCAGUCUUAGCUUUGCUUAACAGCAUCUGUGCAUAAUGCUCUAUACUUUCUUAUCCGUACCAGAUUGGGCUGCAUCAAUGUAAACAGUGAUCAUGUACAGUAAAUCUAAAUGCUGAAGACAGGGGUUUUGUCUAGUUUGAUGUAAUGAACCUUCCUCUGAGAUGAGUUUAAUAAUACCAUUCAUUCUGGGUGCUUGAAUAUUCCUCAGCGACGCAUACAUUUACGAUUUUCUUAUUUUUAAGAUGAACAAGAUGUCUCGGGUGUGGCAUGAAUACAGUUCUGCAUAAUGCUUUGGCUUGACCAUGAUACAUUUGGUUCAUUGUCUGGAUAAAUGUUUGUAAACUGUAUUUGUCAAAGGGUUCAAAUGAAAGUGAUGGUCUGUGUUACUGUGGCACAAAUUCCAUGUGUUAGAGUAGUUGCUGCUGCUUCUUGAUGCUGCAGAAACAGCCAACUGAUGCUGUAAGGCAAGCAAACACAAGGUUUAUAAAUGGCUCGGUAAUGCAUUUAGUGCCGUAAUAUUAUAAUUUUCUAAGGAGUUCAGUAUAUACGACCAUUGGUAACCAUUUGUCAUGGGAAAAAUGUGUAUGUAUGUAUGUAUGUGUAUUGGUUUGGAUGUCCUUUUCACCAUGAUUUUCCUCAGAGUAAUGAGUGUGGAAGGGGAGGUGGAACUUGAUUUCUUUUCUAAGAUGGAACUCUGGGUUUAUGAAUUUAAUUAAAUUUAGGGGAUCUCUUUUUAUUUAGAUAAUUUCUUGUAGUAUUGUACAAGCUACAUGUAAGCUGUGCCUGUUUUAAUAAUAAAAAAAGAUCCACUGUU